AUGGAGCAAACUUGGGAUUCUUACAUCAAUUCAUUAAAUCAGAACUCCUUGCCCAGACAAGUGGAGGUGACUGAUGGAAACUAUUUUUCAGGGUCACUAGACAACCUGUCGUUCUCCAAAGGGGAUGUCAUAACGGUGGUUGACCUCAAGCCGACUCACGUUAGAGCAGAAGUGAAGGAUGGUGAGCAGGUUCUGGGCGUGGUCAACAUCCCUCUUGGAUACAAAGGGAACUUCCAACUGAUCGCAGAUCCCGUUCCCUUCGAAACUGUGGCUGACUUGGUCCGUUCUGUCCACAUUCCCCAGAGUCCCAUGACCCACAGAAGCCCUCCCCGCUUCCAGAACUUAGUCCCCAUCUCCAUGGAUGAUUGGCCCACAGAGCUUAGGAGAGGAGAAACGCUGUCUCUAGUUGGCUUUGAAGAGAGUCAGGGGAGGCGGCUGCUGCGGUGUGAGGCGCUGAAGGAGCCUCCCCUCAGGCUGCUCCUGCCCAUGGACUGCAGGGGCCACUUCCAGGAGUGCCAGGACAACCAGCUCUACUCCAUUGACACCAUCGUGAGAUGGAAGCUGCUCGCAGGGAGGAAACGCAGGGUUCGCAUGGAGGCAGGACAUGGCCUGAGGCUUCUCAACCCCCUGGUUCCAGAACGCUUUAGUGGCCAUCUAGUGCUGCAUCCCUAUUUCUCAGUGGUGGCGCAUCUGCCAGGUGCCAUCCAAGUCAGCAUCCCCUCCGAUCUGGACAUCCAUAUUACUGAGAUUGCCUGCCUGGAUUGUAAGCCCUGCACACUGAUGACAAUGAGACAGAUAUACAGCAUGGAAACAAACAGAUUCCCGGUGAGAAUUAAAAUAAUGAGUGUGGUCCUGUCGGAUAACAAGGCGCUGGCAAAGCCUCUGAGGUGUGGGCAGCGCUUGACCAUCCUUAGGACCCAAGACGUGAAAAAGUUCGUUGCCACAGAGAUUUCCCAAGGAAAGAAAGGGAGGUGUUUUCUCAUCCCAUACACCUACCAGGGCCUGGUACUUAGAAGGGGUCGCUAUUUUUAUGCUGUUUCUGAUGUCGCUGCAGCCAUGGGACACGGACAGCUCUGUUUCCGGUCCUCCAGGGACUAUACCUCUGGCCUGGGGCCUUUCAAGUCUUUCGCAGCCAAUGAGAGCUUCCUGGCUCUGAAGAAGAGUGUGGUUUCUGCAGAGAUCCACGGUGAGCUACACAGGGUGGAGGUUCUCAAGUGCCUGAACAUCGCCACCAAAGCCCAGGUCAAACUGCCCUUGUUCGCAGAAGGAGACUUCCGGGAGCUGUUUGAUGUCGCCGGGCCUGGGACCCUGCAGGAUCUGUGCCAAGUCACAAAACUGCCAUGUCACAUCAGAGUGGUCAGCCCAGAUCUCUCCAUGGCUAGUGACCCUCUCUAUGGAACCGAGGAACUGAGAAUUGAAAAUAUCGUUGUUGAACAAUGCCUCAUAGCCAAAGAGGAAGUUUUCCUGGAGGGCAUGGAUGCUUCUAUAGACAUAUACAGGGACUGGCCAGAGACCACAUUUGAGAUCCCAGUUGAGAAAUCAAGCUGUGAGGUGUUGUUGGUAGAAGAGCGCUCGUGGAUGGCUGAUGUCGGGAAAAAGAGAUGCCUGUCUCUCCAGAGCAUCCAGGAGAUCACUGGGGAGGAGUCGGUUGACUUCAGUAAUUGUUUAAUUACUCCUUGCCCACCGCCACCCCUUCCAAAGCCUAGAUCACCACAAACAGGAGAUGACGCUUCUAACGCAGUAGCCUUUGCAGGACACCGAGUCAAACCAUCACAGCUGGCCUUUCCCUUGACGCGCAUGGAAAACGGGGCUCUGAUACUGCGGUGUGACUUACGCUCAUUUGUCAACUCACUGCAGACAACGAUUCCCUCCAAGAGAGUUCUCUGA